UUCUCACCUAAAGCUUUUAUUUUUUCAGUUCAUGAGAAAUGCAGCCCAUCUGAAUUUAGAUGUGAGAAUGGCCAGUUCAUCACUUUCUCUCUGCAUUGUGAUGGGAACCGAGACUGCCUGGACCACUCAGAUGAAGAAGACUGUCCUGUUGCCUGGCCCCUGUGGUGCCCACCAGGGGAGGUGAAGUGCAGGAGGAGUGGAGAAUGUGUGCUGGCAGAGUGGAUAUGUGACCAUGACCUGGAUUGCAAAGAUGGAAGUGAUGAGAAGGACUGUGACCCUGAGGUGCUUCAGUGUGGCCCGACCCAGUGGAGCUGUGCCAGUAGAGACCAGUGUGUGCCUGACUCCUGGCACUGUGACGGGCACAGUGACUGCAGGGACGGCAGUGACGAGGCUGGAUGCCCCCCUCAGAAGUGCCUGGGUUCUGAGUUCCGGUGCGGCACCGAUGCCUGCCUGAGCCUCAGCGAGGUGUGUGAUGGGAAGGAAGACUGUUCUGAUGGCUCUGAUGAAGGUGGAGUGUGCUCGCUGGCAGCCUGCAGCCCAGGACAGUGCUCCCACACCUGCUACCCGUCCCCAGCCGGGCCUAUAUGUGCUUGUGAGCAAGGCUUUCAGCUGGAGAGCCGUGGUCGGAUCUGCCAGGAUGUGAAUGAGUGCCAGGAGUCGGGUAGUAGGCCUUGUAGUCAGACCUGUGUCAAUACCCAGGGCUCCUACAUCUGUACCUGUCGUCCUGGCUACUUGCUGGAGCCUGAUGGCCAUACCUGCAAAGCGACAGGUGCUGAACCAGUCCUGCUUGUUGCAAUUCAGUUUAACCUAUUCCUCUAUGGACUGAGAAGCUUGAAAGAAGAUAUUCUUGCAACCACAGACAAGAACCUGAUUAUUUUCUCUGUUGACUAUGAUUUAGUGGAUCAAAAAGUCUUCUGGGCAGAUCUCAAUGCAGAAAGUAUAAAGUGGAUAAGUAUGGACACUAAAAAGAAAGGGACCGUGGUAAAAGGUAUAAAGUCAAACUGUCUAAUGGUCGACUGGAUUGGGAGGAAUCUCUACUGGACUGAUGGGACAGCUGGUCAGAUUUUAGCCAUUCAGUUGACUGCCAUUUGGAGAGGGAAAUCUGAGUAUACAAUUGUCCUGGAUGAUGACUUGACUCAGCCCCAAUCUUUGGCAUUGGAUCCCCUAAAUGGAUUAAUGUACUGGUCCGAAAUUGGAGAAGAACCUCAAAUAGAGCAAGCCGGAAUGGAUGGCAGUGACAGGAAAAUACUCAUCAGUCAAGGUCUUGGACGGCCAACUAGCAUAGCCCUCGACCAGUUAAGUUGGAAGAUAUUCUGGUCCGAUGACAAAUUUCACUGUAUUGGCUCUGCCAACCUAGAUGGUACUGGCAUUAGUAUGUUGCAGCUAACACAAAUCAAGAACCCCUUUUCAGUUGCUGUGUUUGAAGAUGAAGUCUUCUGGUCCGAGAUGAAGACAAGAACAGUGCAGCGUGUGCAGAAGAUGACAGGCAAGAACAGGGCUGUCCUCAUCAAGCGUUCUGGACAGCCCUAUGGACUCAAGAUAAUGCAUGAGGUGCUACAGCCCAGGUCUUCUAAUCCUUGUCUGGACACUGGAUGUUCUCACUUGUGCCUUCUGAGCCCACGAUCCAAGGGGAGCUGUCAUUGUCCAGUGGGGCUCCUGCUUGCAGAUGAUGGAACCACCUGUGUCCCACUCAAGGAGUCUGCAUUUGUGUUUCUUGUACUACCCACAGUUAUCAUGCAGGUACUGUGUAUCUGAAAAAAUCUAAAAGCUUUCCCAGGACAAGGAACUUUACCAGAACAUAGAAUGCUUCCUUUUACCAAUGUGGACCAGCUUGCAUCAAUGGAUUAUAUCGUCCAGGAAAAAACUCUCUAUCUCUCAGAGUUGAAUCAUGGUGAUAUCAGGCUGCUGAGGCUUAAAGAUCCUGGCACACUUGCGUGGAGGAAAAUCACUUCUGUGAAGGGGACUGUGGUUGACCUUGCUGUGGACUGGCUGAGUGGAAACGUAUAUUGGAUUGACAGUGAACAGCCGCGUAUCAGUGUAGGUUCCUUAAAAGCCCAGUAUCCUAUUGUCUUGCUCAGUGAAAAUCUUUACCGCCCAGUGUCUGUGGUGCUCCACCCACCUACUGCAGUCAUGUGCUUCGUGGACCUGGGUUCCCUAGAUGAUAGGAAGCGUGGUUCCAGCAUUGAAUGUGCCUCCAUGGAUGGCAGCAGGAGGAAGAUGCUAUGGCGGAAAUCCCAGGUGCCUGUGGGAUUGGCCUUUUCGGAUUCAGGGACCCGCCUGUACUGGGCUGAUACUGGAAGAGGACUCAUAGAAAGUAUUCAACAAGAUGGCUCUAGACACAGAGUAGACCGCCAAGGGAUUCAGGGCCUUAACCUCUUUACGUUUGGUCAAGGCAUGAUGUUCUGGACAACAACUGAUGAUGCCCAAAUCACUAAAGUUUGGUACAGCAAAACAGAAGUUUUAGAAAAUCGGUGGUUCCAAGUAGACCAGAAGAUUGUGGACUUAAAAGUUUACAGUAAAUUUAGUCAACAAGGUAGUAACAGCUGCUCAAAUGACAACGGAGGAUGUAGCCAUAUCUGUCUACCAAACCCUGAGGGACAGACUUGCAAGUGUCCGAGUGGGUACUACUUGGCCAAUGCAAACAAAUGCUUUGAGUCUGCCAGAUGCUCAGAGUCAUCAAAAUCUUGUAAGGAUGGUGAGAAAUGCAUUUCCACGGAGCAAGUUUGUGAUGGUCACGCUGAUUGUCUGGAUGGAUCCGAUGAAAUGAACUGUACUGGACCAGGUAAAGCUCAUUCAACAUCAACACCUACAAAGUCAGAAGCAGGCAAAAGGUUGACUCCAAAAGCUUCCUGACCUCCCCAGGCUACCAAAUCCACCACACCUGGACAUCCAGGCCCAGAAAGAAUGAGGGAUCCUGUCACAAACCCACUAACCACUCUGAUGCCUGCCAGAGAGAGCAAGACCCCGGAAACUAAGGAAAGAGGGGCUUCUGUUCAGCCCGAGGACUCUCAGAAGGCAAAACAUGUGCCCUGCAGCCGUGAUUUCUGUAAUGGGAGGGGAAUCUGUACAACAGAAGGAAAGUUGAGAAAAUGCAGCUGUCUGAGGGAAUAUGGUGGAGAGUUCUGCGAGGAGGCAGUACACGGACCCACCCCUGGCUACAUAGCAUUCAGCGUAACCACUGCCUUAUCAGUUGUUCUGGUAGCGCUGGGGGCAUUUCUACAUUUCAGAAGAGAGCACAAAUUAAAAUGCACAGCAUCAUCAAGAAAUUUGACCUAUAAUAAAGAAAAUGACCAGGAAGAAGAAAAUCUAAUGAAUAGUGAGAUUUUUGUCAAUGAAGCCUACGAUGAACAGGAAUUGCUCACCUCUUUACAAACUGACUGAGCUUAUAAAAAUGGAACUGAAACAUUCCAGUGAAAAUUGUUUAUACAUUUCAUUGUGUACUGUUUUAACCUCCUUAACAGCUUGUGGUAAAUCAUAAUGACUUAUUAAAAUAAGUGCCUCUUAAAUUGGAAAAAGUUGUCUAGUUUUGUUAAUAUGUUUUAGAAACACAGAGCCUUUUGAAUCCCACAGCAUCUGACCCAGUACUAGUCAGAAGUUCUGCGUUGGAAUCUUGGCUCUAACACUGAUUUAAAGGAUUUUACUAGUUAAUCCUCUGGCCUGUUUCCCGUUUUACUGGAGAUAGUGAUCUCUUUGCCUUUUAGGAUAAAAGCCAAGUUUCUGCAGAGUAGCAAGUG